AUGUAUAGAAUUUCAAAUUGCAAUUUUCAACGGAAAAAUUCUGGCACAUUCAUUGUCAGAUGCGAUUAUCCUCAAAAUGCUGAUUUGCCUCGUUAUUACUCAAAGAGGGAGAAAAAACCAUUUCCUAUCCCAGUGUUGGAGUUGAGACGAGCUGCAAGAGAGAGACAAAAAAGUUCUAGGGGGAAGCCCAAGAGACCGACACCACCUCCCAAGAAUGGAAUGCUGGUUCGGAGCUUGAUUCCAGUUGCUUACGAUGUAUUCAAUGCAAGAAUACUGCUGAUAAAUAAUUUGAAAAGCCUCAUGAAAGUGGUGCCUGUGCAUGCUUGCAAGUAAAUUUUCUCUACUCUCUUUGGUUCAGUAUUUUUGUCUACAUUCCGAGUGAUAGGAUGUGGAUUGUUGCUUGGCCCUUUCUUUCUGGUGACUAAUCAUUGUGUCCUGUUGACUGCCCUUUUUUAAUGAGCCCAACAUCAGCAAAAGAUAAGAAGAGCAAAUGAUUGCACAUCUUAAUUGUUAGUAUGGUCCCACAUUAAUUAGGAAGAAACAAAAUUGAGUUAUGCGCAUUUCUAUCAUUAACGGUUUCGAUUUGAAAACUCAACCUGAAUUUGUGCAUUGUUCAAUUUGUUUCAGUGUACUAAUCCCUCCACGAGUACACUUCCAUCCUGCAUUAAUUUCUGUAAAACAUCUCCAGAUUUCUUGAGAGCAUUCUAACUAUUUAUUUCUAAUUACCCCAAAAGUGGGGUUUCAUAGAAAGAAUUCUGAUGGUGACGCUUUGAAAAUGAAUUCCCCUGGAUUCUGUCUUUGAACGGCCGUUACCAUCCUGCUAGAUGAAACGAAGAUGGUAUCAGUGAAUGCUAUUUCCAAUUUAAGAUAUUCUGCAGUUUCGGUCAGCUUGCCUUGUGCCUACUCCAGAAAACCACGGGGUUCUAAGCUGGUGGAUGUAACAGAUUUUACUUUUCUGCAGACAUUGCAACGAGAUUCACGUCGGACCAGUCGGGCACCCAUUCAAGUCGUGCCGCGGCCCAAGGGCGGAGGCUCGCCAGGGCCGUCACGAGUGGACAAGGGCAUCGGUAGAAGAUCUGCUCGUGCCCGUUGAGACCUUCCACCUAUUCGACCGACUCGGGAGGCGCAUCACCCACCAAGAGAGAUUCUCCAUCCCUCGCGUCCCCGCGAUUGUGGAGCUCUGUGUCCAAGCCGGCGUCGACCUCCCCGACCUUCCCACGAGGAGGAGAAGAAAGCCCGUCAUCCGAAUCAACAGGAGCGAGGUCAUUGACGCCGACGAGGAUGAUCUACCAGAACCAGAGCCCGACCCGCACCAGAAGCCGCUGUUAACCGAGAUGCCCGACUCUGAAGCAGACCCUCCCUCCACCGAGGAGGAAAAGAUCCUGCUAUCGGAAGCGACCCUCCAAGCAUGGGAGACACUGAGGGACGGGGCCGACCGGUUGAUGAGGAAGUACGUCGUCAGAGUCUGCGGCUACUGCCCGGAGGUGCACGUCGGCCCUAGCGGCCACAAGGCGCAGAAUUGCGGGGCCUUCAAGCACCAGCAGCGGAACGGGCAGCACGGCUGGCAAGCCGCCGUGCUCGACGACCUGAUACCACCGAGGUACGUCUGGCACGUCCCCGACGUGAGCGGCCCGCCGCUGCAGAGGGAGCUGAGGAGCUUCUACGGGCAGGCGCCGGCUGUGGUGGAGCUCUGCGUGCAGGGCGGCGCCGCGGUCCCCGAGCGGUACAAGCCCACCAUGCGCCUGGACAUUGGCAUCCCCGCAAGCGUCAGAGAGGCCGACAUGGUCGUCUGA